UGCUUCGUGCAGAAAAUAAAUAUUCUGAUUGUUAUAUGCAUUUUGGUACACGUCUUACUUGAUUUCGAAGAAAAGAUGAAUUUUUUCAUACUUUUGUUAAGCAUGAUGUUCUUCAUGCAGGUUUAUCAGUCUUCAGCUUGUGAUUUUCUCAUUAAGGGUCGACCCAAAAAGGAAGAUUAUGGAACUCCACCACAUCUGUCGGAAAUUCGCUUUGCUGCAGUUCAAUCAAUUGACGCCUACCUAUCGCUUAAACUUAGUCAUGAUUCCAAAUUAUUUGACUUGGGCAGGACGAAAGGUUUCGUCAAAAACACACGAAAUGAAAUCGUUGUGUCAUUUCAAGGUUCCUUCCGCACUGUGGACUGGUUGAGGGAUUUCAUAAUAGUGAAAAAAUCAUAUAGCGGCUGCCAAGAUUGCAAAGUACACACUGGAUUCGUAAAGGCUUAUAGCCCACUAAAAGAUCAAAUGUUUAGAAAACUUCGGGAUCUUAAUCGAAAUAAACAAGAGAAAGUUUUAGUCACUGGUCAUUCACUUGGUGGAGCAAUGGCAACUUUGGCAGCAGUUGAUUUGAUAAAUGCUGGAUACCAGGUCGAUUUAAUAACCUUUGGCGCACCUCGGGUUGGUAACAAAGCUUUUGCACAGUAUGUCGACAGAAUUGUGAAGGGAUUGAAUCUUAGAGUGACGUACUUGAAUGACAUUGUUACGGUCGUUCCUAAUGUAGGAUAUCGUCAUGCCGGGCAAGAAAUUCACUGCAUUGGCCGUGCAAAAUGUCAUGUAUACCCCGCAGGGAAAGAUUUCUGCCACGUAAGAGCAAGUGCUAUAAGUCAUUUACUUUAUCUUAUAAUAUAAAAAAAUGAAGUGUUGAAGGACUAUGGCAGACCCUCGAGUUAAUUUCUUAUAAUGUUUUAUCUUUUACUGUGAAACAAUUCUUUAGUAUGAUUUAGGUUAACUUUGGUAAAUAAUUAAAUAAAUUGCUUCAA